GCCCUUUUUUAGAACAUACGCUCGCGUCAUUCAAGCACGUGUUUUGCGCAUGCGCAACGUCAACUGCGUAGAAACCGACAACAAACUAUGGCGGACGAACACCCUGAUGCCGAGCAGAGCAUGGAGGGUCACACUCCUGUCCCAGAAAAUCCACACGCAGAAUAUGGCCUCACUGAAAACAUCCAGAGAAUAGUGGAGAAUGAGAAAACAACCGCUGAAAAAGUCACCAAACAAAAGGUGGACCCUCAGACCCUGCAGACCCUUCCUACACGAGCGUACCUGGAUCAGACUGUGGUUCCUAUUCUCCUGCAGGGCUUGUCAGUUCUGGCCAAGGAAAGGCCUCCAAAUCCCAUAGAGUUUUUAGCGGCAUUCUUACUGAAGAACAAGUCCCAGUUUGAGGAACGAAAUUAAAGACACAGUGUGCGGUGGAAGAUUUAGGGUUACAGUUUUUUUUUUUGUGUGUAUUUUUUUUUUUUUUUUUUUUUUUUUUUUUUUUUUUUUUGUGAAUUUAAAUGUAAUGGUCACUCUUCAAACUGUUUGUUUGCCAACAUUAAUGUAGUUUUUUUAAGCUCUAAUAAAAUGUUCAAGCAGCCAUAUA